AUGGAUAUGUACCGGUAUAGUGACACGAAGAAUGCAAGAAAGUGUGAUAAAAUAACUAAAAUUAAACACAAGUUGAUAAAGAAACACAGGCUAAAUGAGCAUCGGUCAGCCGGCGGCAGUUGGGAGGAACCAGUGAGCGCCGUGCGGAACACACCGCUACGGCGCUCACAGAGGCUCAACUCGACCCUGGACUCCAGGAGCACCGGUCAGUUGCGUAGCACGCUGAGCCGCGCUCGUGAGUUAUGCGAGCGAUGGCGAAGUGGCGGUGGAGCGACUCCUGCGCCGCCGGCUCCCCCACCCGACGACGAAGGAGGGGGACGUCUGGCCCGAUGGUUCAGCGUGCGACGCGGUUCUUCUCACCAGUACGACAUGCAUGGCCACGAGUCCGACAAAAUGCCCAAACUACCAGAGUUGGAGGAGGAUUUGUUCUCAUGCGGCGGCGAAGUGCGAGGCGGUCGGGUGCCGCCGCCCUCGCUGGGCGCGCCACCGGACUCCCUGUCCCCGGUGCAGCUGCGCCGCCGACAUGUGGUCGCUGCCAUCAUACACAGCGAGAACUCAUACGUCGCCACCUUACAGAGGCUCAUCAACGACUACAAGAAACCCCUCGAGGAGAGUAGUCCAGCGAUUCUGAAUGCCAGCAAGAUCCAAACGUUGUUCCACCGGCUACCAGACAUACUGCAAUGUCAUCUACACUUCCGAACAGCACUGGCUGAUUGCGCGCGGACGUGGGACCGCGAUGAAAAAAUUGGCGAGGUCUUUUUGAGCGCGUUCUCAAAAGCCGUGGUGUUGGACGUGUACUCGGACUUCAUAAAUAACUUCUCGGUAGCUAUGGAAUUGGCCAAGAUGGAGUCGAAACGCAAGUCGGCGCUAGCUGACUUCUUCAAAGUGAAGCAGAUCAGCGCUCACGACCGACUCUCAUUCUUUGGUCUCAUGGUCAAACCUGUGCAACGGUUUCCUCAAUUUAUCAUGUUUUUACAAGACUUAUUAAAACACACGCCACCGGGACACUUAGACCGAGUGGCGUUACAACGUGCCUUGACGAGGCUAGAAGCUCUAGCCGAUGCCUUGAAUGAAAGGAAGCGAGAUGCUGAACGGACACAGGCAUUCCGUGCGGCUCUAAGACGACUAACACGGGGCGGUGUGGCGGGCGCGGGCGGGGCGGGCGGCGCCGCGCGCUUCGGUGCCGCGCGACUGCUCGCCUCGCGGGCUGACAAACGACAUCUGUUGCGACAGGACGACUUGCUGCAGUUGGAAUUCAAUCAAUCAGGCGGUCUCACCAAAUGCAAGCCACGUCGUUUACUUCUACUGAACGACCUAGUGGUAUGUGUGUCAGUGGGCGCGGCGGGCGAGGAGGCGGAGAGACUCGGACUGAAGUGGGCGCACCCCGUGCAAGACGUCGACGUGCUGGACACGGGCACCUCGCCCACACUCAGCAGGGUGCUCGCACAAGGUAUGAACCGCAGUGGCAGUCUCCGGUCCAGCUCAAGCAGUAGUAUGUCGACGUCGACAGGAGACUCCCUAUGCAGUGAGAUGUCAGCGCUGAUGCAUGACUAUGAGACUGUAUCUCGCAUGGCUGACCUGGCUGCGUCGCUGCGCGCCCCAUACCCUGAGCUAGGUGCAGACACCUUCCGAGCCUUACUGCAGAACAUACAGAGGAGUAUACAGAAAAAAGACGACGAGAUGGCAUGGGUAGAUUCCUGCUGCCUGCAACUGACGAUACGAGGUCGUGAAGAGCCAUUGACCUUCCGCGCUAGUGAGCCGGGUGCGAGGCUAGCGUGGGCGACAGAGCUAAGGCUCGCCCAACUAGCACAGGCCUCCGCUAACUCACCCGCGUGGAGAUUCCCGUCACAACUUGCGCCGGCGCAUAAGAUGCCACUGUUUGUCGCUGCUACACCCGUGUAUUCUUCGCGGCAACUUACUGAGGUUCGUUGCGGAUGUUUCUACACGUCCUGCGGCGGCGGUCGCGGCGGUCCCCUGCGCCGCGCGCGCUCCUUGCUGUGGGUGAGCGCGGGCGGCGCCAGUGACAGCCAUGUCGCAGUACUCACGCACCGCGCUGCUAAACUCAAGACUCUCGUCACACUGGACCUGCCUGAUACCAAGGUUACCUCAAUGGAAUUCGCACGCGGAGUACGACAAGCAACAACACUCUGCGGUGACACAGUAUGGCUCGGAACUGAUGACAAGAAAAUCAUAAUAUUUUCUGCAGUUGAACCCGAGAAGCAAGAAAAGUUAACGGAAGUGCCAACGAUCGCGGCUAUCACGCAAAUUCGAUAUCAUUGUGACGCCAUGUUUGUAGGACUGGCUAAUGGACGAGUGUCAGUGUACCGACGGAACCACGAUGACUCCUGGGCCCUGCAGGAGCCGCUCGCCAUCGAGCUCGGGGACCGGCCCGUGCACUGCGUGCUGCCAGUGGACGGCAUCAUAUACGCGACCUGUGCGCGCAGGGUCUUCGCCAUCAACGCACUCACCGCGGAGAUCAUGCGCAUACUGGAGCUCAAAGGAGACGGCGACCGAUCCGUCAAGUACCUCGCCCAUUCCGGUGUCGGACUGUGGACCGCCUUCUCAGACUCCACCUACGUCAGCUUGUACCACGCUGAAACAUUCGAACACCUCCAAAACAUUGACAUCGCUGCUGAUGUCGCGAAAACGAUUGGUGCUAGAGAGGGAAGUAAACCCGCGUACGUGUCCGCUCUACUCGCAUGCCAGGGACUACUGUGGGUCGGCACUACGGCUGGAGUCAGUGUUACUGUACCACUGCCCAAGCUGGAAGGACUCCCGCUUAUAGGUGGACACAUCGCUGCCUCGUACCACGCCCACGCUGGACCCGUGUCGUUCCUACUUUCAUUGAUGCCGGAAACUAAAGAUGUAGAUGUAAAUACAGUUCGGCGGAAUUUAUCCAACGCUCGUGCUCUCGCCGAUACCGUUAACCACACGUUGCAUGAAUUUAAAGAAGAGAAUGGUAAAGAAGAUAAUGAUAAACCGAAACUAGAGCGACGGAUAUCAGAAGACGCCAGCCCUUACCGACCGCAGCGCGUCCAGUCAACCGUGGUGCGACGGAAGAAACCGGGCGACGUGCGUCUCAGUAAGACAUUACCAAAAUGUGCGAACUUGAACGCUUGUGACGUAUACGGGUUGUACGGAGACUUGAUGUUCGUGAAGGACUGUGUCGGCGAGGCUGACGUGGGAGGCUCGGGCGGGGAGGCUCUAAGGAGGAGUGACCCCGAGCUGGCCGCGAUACCUUUCCGUGUUAGUACACUUGACCGACGCUUGCGCAUGCGCGCUGGUAGACCUCGUAGUUUGGACCUAUCAAGCUGGUCGGUGGACUCCCGUGCCUCCAGCCUAUGUACGUCGUCGGGCAGUGAGGAGUCUAUGGCACUGCGUGGAGUGUCGAGGACUAGUUCGGGUGCAUCAGGUGCGGCUGCUUUGGCUCCGGUGGCUGCGUCCACGCCUGACUCAUCGUCAGCCAAGUCCAGUGCGUCUGAGCGUUCUUCCUGUCGCACGGAGGGCAGUGCGGAGCCGCGCGGGGGCGCGGGGCGCAGCCUGCGCGGCGCGGACUACGUGGUGGGGGCGAGCGCGGCGCGGCGCUCGGUGCUGACGGUGGUGGGCGGGCGCGGGUACGUGGACUGGCGCCAGACGGCGGACGCGGCCGAGCGCCCGCAGCCGGCCGCCGACCCCAACCCGAAAGACGCGCACCUCAUACUCUGGGAGAUGCGCUUGUGA